AUGCGUUCGGUUGCGGCUCAGAUGCUCCGCGGCGCGGCCCAGCGGAGGGGCUUCGCGACGACGCCGAGACGUCUCGACAACUACGCCUUUGUCGGUCUUGGUCAAAUGGGCUACCAAAUGGCCAAGAACCUCCAGUCCAAGCUCCAGCCCAGUGACAAGAUCUCGCUCUACGACAUCAACGGCGACGCCAUGAAGCGCCUGCACGCCGAGAUGACGGCCGCGUCCAAUGGUGCGGCCGUUGAGCUCGCCGCCAGCGCCCACGAUGCCGCCAAGGAAGCUGACACCGUCAUCACCGUCCUUCCGGAGCCGCAGCACGUCAAGGGCGUGUACGAGUCCAUCCUCACCCCGUCCCUGCCCCGGCGCGCCGACCGCGUCUUCAUCGACUGCUCCACCAUCGACCCGUCCACCUCGCGCGCCGUCGCCGGCUCCGUCGCCGCCGCCGAGCAGGGCACCUUUGCCGACGCGCCCAUGUCCGGGGGCGUCGUCGGCGCCACCGCCGGCACCCUCACCUUCAUGCUCGGCGCCCCCGCCUCCCUGCCCCUCUCCCGCCUCGAGCCGACGCUGCUGGCCAUGGGCCGCAAGGUGCUCGCCUGCGGCGGGCAGGGCGCGGGUCUGUCGGCCAAGCUGGCCAACAACUACCUGCUGGCGCUCAACAACAUCGCGACGGCCGAGGCGAUGAACCUGGGCACGCGGUGGGGGCUGGACGCGGCGACGCUGGCGGGCGUGCUCAACGUGAGCACGGGGCGGUGCUGGCCGAGUGAGGUGAACAACCCGGUGCCGGGCGUGGUGGCAGCGGCGCCGGCGGGGAGGGACUACAAGGGCGGGUUUGGGAUCUCGCUGAUGAAGAAGGAUUUGAGGCUGGCGAUGGUGGCGGCGGACGAGGCGGGCGCGGACAUGAAGCUGGCGGAUGCGGCGUUCAAGGUCUACGAGGAGGCGGCGGAGAGGGAGGACUGCAAGGGCCGCGACUUUUCGGUCGUGUAUAGGUACCUGGGCGGAAAGGAGUAG